GUGGGAGAUGCUCUGUGGUACGAGCGCUGCGAGGGCCAUCAAGUAGAAGCAAAGCUGGUAGAGAUGUGCUGGACGAGCAGCACAUGCUGGGUGCAGUACCACGUGGAGCGCCCGAGAGGCGGAUGGCAGAAUCGGCGUGCUUUGGUCAAGCUUGAGGAGCUCAUGCGAGUGCAGCAGGAUCGAGACCGCCAGUUGAGCUGUGCAAGCUCCAUGGCCUCUGAAGAGCAACAGCCAGUCUGUGAGGCUGGCUGGAUCUCUGAGGGCUACACACCAACUGUGGGAGAGACGAUGAGUAUGAUGAGUGCACAUCCUGCCUCGAGGUCGAGAGCAUUUAGCAUGGUUGUCAGCGACGAUGAAGAUUCUGUGGCGGGGAGGAGCAGGCAGAGGCCGCAGCGGGCUUUCAGCAUGGUCGUCAGUGAUGAUGAGGAUGAGCCGUGCAGGCGAACACGCGCAACCAGCAUGGUCUUGGCAGACAACUUUGAGCGCGAUACGGCCGUGAGCAUGAUCUUCAGCGAAGCGUCUGGUGAUCUUGGGCGAAGGCGGACUCGCGCAACCAGCAUGGUCUUGGCAGACGACUUUGAGCGCGACACUGUCAUGAGCAUGAUCUUCAGUGAAUCGUCUGGUGACUCCGGACAGAAGCGAGGAGCAGCCUUGAGCAUGCUGAGCGAAAUUCCAGAACUCUGGACACAGCGAGAGCAUCAGCGGGAGCCAGCGCCAAGCAGCGAAAUCACGGACCACUGGACGGCAUUUGAGUCUGAUCAUCCGCUGCCUCCAAAGUCGCCAUCUGCAAGUGAGCUGUCUCAAAGCACUCCGGAGACUUUGCCGUCACCAGAGCCUUCCAUCAAUUGCGGAAAGUAUUGUGAUGAUCCUGCUGCUUGGCCUUCCGCGCAGUGGACGAUGCCGGAACUAGUCGGGUUGGAGCCCGAGCAUGUCGACGUCUUUUGGAAUUCAGCGAGGGAUACAUGCCGCACUUGCCCGUUGUCUUUGGUGGCUCAUACGACUGACAAGGUGGAGAAAGAGCUGUCCGAAUUAUGUCGCCUGCUGGAGAACAAGGCCGCGUCACUGGCUUCCACAAGUGAUGAUGCUGACCAUGACAGCGGUACUGCAAGCUCCAAGCCAUCAACAUGUGAGGAAGACCCUGAUCUCCAAUUGCUGGCCCCGGUACAGAAUGAGGUCAGCAUGCUUCCUGAGGAAGAGCAUGGAAGAGCUCCCGGAAGUGAGGCAUCUGGGUCUCCUGUUGUGGCUGCAAAAGGCGAUGGCCAGGAUCGUGAAUUUGAUGCAGAUGCGUACAGGGUGAAGAAGCCGGGACUCAUGGAUCGGGUGCUCAGAAAUCUUUGUCCUUCGCUUGCGAAGUCCUGA